UUAUAAUACUUCCAAAGUAAGCAAUACCCUCAAAACAAAAUGCAAUAGUGUAUGAAAAGAGAGCACAAAAUCAAGACAGUUUGAAGAAGUUACCUAAAAAAGAAAUGCAGGCACCUUCAACAAGGGAGGUCACAGAAUUGUGCUUCCAUGGUUGCUGCCCAACUCCAUUCUUCACUCUAAAUGAAGCUGAUAAUAAAUCCACCAUUACAAAACCCAGAAAUUCUUCGGCCGAAAACCGGCGCACGUUUGCUUCCACCACUUCUUCAUGUUUAUUCCCAAACACUGAGUUUAACAACCCUGAUUCCCUUCCUUCCCUGCAAGAAGCCUUUGAUCAGUUUCUCAGAACUUAUCCACAUUACACUGAUACUUACCAAAUAGACGAAAUUCGAGCACAAGAGUAUUACAAUCUUUCUCUCUCUAACCAUGUAUGUCUUGAUUACAUUGGCAUUGGUUUGUUCUCUUUCUCACAGCUACACAACCAGCUUUCUCUGACGUAUCCAUCAACGUCAUCUUCGCCACCUCCACUGCAGCCUCAUAGCUCGGAUUUUCCGGUGUUCCACUUAUCUUACAAGUCAGUGAAUCUGAAGAACCACUUACUUGAUUCAGGAGAUGAAUCAAAAUUGGAGUCUGCAAUAAAAAAGAGGAUCAGGGAAUUUCUGAAUAUCAGUGAAGAUGAUUAUUCUGUUGUUUUGACAGCAAACAGAACAUCAGCUUUCAGAUUAGUUGCAGAAUCAUUCCCUUUUGGUUCUUGUAAGAAGCUACUCACUGUUUAUGAUCAUGACAGUGAAGCAGUAGAAGCAAUGAUCAAUAGCUCAGAAAAGAGAGGAGCACAAGCAAUGGCAGCUGAGUUUACCUGGCCAAGGUUAAGGAUUCACUCAUCAAAACUGAGGAGUAUGAUUACAAGUAAAAGAUUGAUCAGCAAAAAAAGAGGGCUUUUUGUUUUCCAGCUUCAAUCAAGAGUAACAGGGGCUAGAUACUCUUACCAGUGGAUGAAAGUAGCACAGGAGAAUGGAUGGCAUGUUCUUCUUGAUGCCUGUGCUGUAGGACCAAAAGAUAUGGAUAGUUUGGGACUCUCAAUCUUCCAACCAGAUUUCUUAAUUUGCUCCUUUUACAAGGUUUUUGGGGAAAACCCAUCUGGAUUUGGGUGUCUUUUUGUCAAGAAAUCGGCUAUUUCGAACCUGGAAAGUUCAACAACUGCUGGAAUUGUAAGUAUUGUUUCAGCAAGGAAGUUGUUUUAUCUUCCUGAUGAGUCUUCUGGUACUGAAACAGAGUUUGAACAAGAACUUGAGUUGGGUUCAUCAUCAUCCAAUUCAUUCUCAGGUACAAUGCCUAUCCAAGCAACAAGAAUGGAAAAGGGGGAGUCCUCUACUAGAGUGAAGAUCAAUGGAGAAAAAGUUUCAGAAAUUGAAGUAAUAGAUGAAGCUGGUAAUCUUUUUGUAGAGCCGCGAAACACAACAAUCAAUGGAAAAAGGAACUCCCCAGUUGAAUGUAGGUGUUUGGAUCAUAUUGAUUCAUUAGGUUUGUCACUUGUAAAUAGCAGAAGCAGGUACCUUGUUAAUUGGCUCAUUAAUGGGUUGACAAAGCUUCAACACCCAAAUGCAGAUAAGAAAGUUCCAUUGGUAAAAAUUUAUGGACCGAAGAUAAAGUUUGAUCGAGGACCAGCUUUGGCUUUCAAUGUGUUUGAUUGGAAAGGCGAAAAGGUUGAGCCAAUUCUAAUACAGAAACUUGCUGAUAGGAAAAGCAUAUCUUUAAGCUAUGGGUUUCUGCAUCAUAUUUGGUUCCCAGAAAAGUAUGAGCAGGAAAAGGUUAAAGUUCUUGAGAAGAGAAGAUGUGAAGCAAAGGAGAAUUCAGGGAACAAAAGGACGAAAGGAAAGGAGAACCUUGGUGUAAGAGUAGUUACAGCUGCAUUUGGAUUCAUAGCCACUUUUGCAGAUGCUUAUAAGCUUUGGGCUUUUGUAGCUCAGUUCUUGGAUGCAGAUUUUGUGGAGAAAGAGAGAUGGAGAUACACUGCUCUAAAUCAGACAACUGUUGAAAUGUGACGACUGAACGGGUAUUUUAAGUCACAAUGAUCAAUUAUCCGGAGUUUUCAGAAUCGCGAGGUCACUGGCGCUUGCAGGUGAUGCCUACCGAGGUUCAUACGGCCUGUUUGGUAGCCGGACAUAAAUGGUGUCAAUGGGAAUGAAUCUGUAUGUAAAUUUGUAGGGAAAAUCAAUAUUCAUUGCCAUGGUAAUUAUCUCUUUUUCUUUAUAAAUUUCCAUUACCAUCCAUUACCAUUUGGAGGAAUGAUAUUAGCUGGGAAUGCAAAUUUAUGAAGAAAAACACCAAGUUUGAGACAAAAUUUAUUACCAUGGAUAUCACGAUGUUAUUUUCUUGCCAAAUAACACUUCGAUUUAUUCAUA